GCGGCGAUUGCGAGGAGACAGCGGCAGCACCCGAAGCGGCAAGCCCAGAAGCGACCAGAGCAGCGCGAAGGCGACGGACGCGAAGGGAUCGGCUCGUCCCCUCCGCCCUUACCCCGUGCCCUGCCGUGACUCCGGGCGGGGUACUGUGGGGGUUUUCCCCCCCCGGCGGAUUUCGCCGACCUUCGCCCUCGAGCAACCCCCUUCCCCGAGUCCACUGAACACAUGAGGUUUUUCAGGUUGACCUUCAAGUGCUUCGUGGAUUGUUUCUGAGGCUCUGCAAAAUCCCUGCCCUCCCCUCCGAGCCGGCUACCUGCCCCAGCGAGACCCAGCCCCAGCUCAGCCUCCACUCUCCACCGUCUCCCGCUCGCCUCUUGCGAGGGGGCUUCUGCCUGCAAAACCCCCCCCCGCUCCGCACCCCUUCUCGUCUUUUCUCUUUUGAGCAUCAUCUCGAUCCGUCUGGAAGGGGGCGACCGGGACUCGGGAAUCCCCCCAGGCACCAUGGCCAAGGGGGCUUCGGCGGAGGGCGGCGGCGGCGGCGGCAUUUACAGCGUCUCGGUCGAACCGCAGGACAAAAAGACGGGACCCCCCGCAGCCGCCAUGUGCCAAGGAGCCUCAGUCGGGAGCAAAGGGGAGGCCGUGGACACUUGCAAGCCGACCCUGGCCUUGCCGCCCCGCGAGAGAGAGACUUGGACCCGGCAGAUGGAUUUCAUCAUGUCCUGCGUGGGCUUCGCCGUGGGGCUAGGCAACGUGUGGCGCUUUCCCUACCUGUGUUACAAGAACGGGGGAGGUGUGUUCCUCAUCCCGUACAUUCUUAUUGCCCUCCUUGGUGGGAUUCCCAUCUUCUUCUUGGAAAUUGCUUUGGGGCAAUUCAUGAAGGCUGGAAGCAUCACUGUAUGGAACAUAGCGCCAAUUUUCAAAGGACUGGGAUUUGCUUCCAUGGUGAUUGUCUUCUACUGCAACACGUACUACAUCAUGGUACUUGCCUGGGGCUUCUACUAUCUGGUGAAGUCUUUUACAGCCACCCUGCCAUGGGCAACCUGUGGGAAUCCCUGGAACUCCCCAGAGUGUGUGGAAAUCUUCCGACAUGAAGACUGUGCCAAUGGCACUGCCAGCAGCAACCUUACCUGUGAUGAACUUUCCGACAAGCGGUCACCUGUCAUCGAAUUUUGGGAGAACAAAGUGUUGAAUAUUUCAAAAGGCCUAGAUUACCCUGGGGCUAUCAACUGGGAAGUGACCCUGUGCCUCCUGUCUUGCUGGGUCCUUGUCUAUUUCUGCGUUUGGAAAGGCGUCAAAUCUGCAGGAAAGAUUGUCUACUUCACUGCUACAUUCCCUUACGUGGUGCUCAUUAUACUGUUUAUUCGAGGGGUGAUGCUGCCUGGAGCUCAGGAUGGGAUAAUUUACUAUCUCAAACCCGACUGGUCCAAACUGGGUUCCCCUCAGGUGUGGAUUGAUGCUGGGACCCAAAUCUUUUUCUCCUAUGCCAUAGGACUGGGGGCACUCACUGCCCUGGGCAGCUAUAACCGAUUCAACAACAAUUGUUAUAAAGAUGCCAUCAUUCUGGCACUGAUUAAUAGUGGGACCAGCUUCUUCUCUGGUUUUGUAGUCUUUUCCAUCCUAGGCUUCAUGGCUGCAGAACAGGGAGUUGAUAUCUCUAAAGUGGCAGAAUCUGGACCUGGGCUGGCUUUUAUUGCCUAUCCAAGAGCUGUCACUCUGAUGCCAGUUGCUCCUCUCUGGGCUGCCCUCUUUUUCUUCAUGCUGCUGCUUCUGGGCUUAGACAGCCAGUUUGUAGGCGUUGAAGGCUUUAUAACUGGGAUCCUGGACUUCUUCCCAUCCGCUCAUGCCUUCCGAUUCCAGAGAGAGAUCACCGUGGCCAUCUUCUGUGUCAUCUGCUUCUUCAUUGAGCUGUCCAUGGUGACUGAGGGGGGCAUGUAUGUCUUCCAGCUCUUCGAUUACUAUUCAGCGAGUGGCACAACACUACUGUGGCAGGCCUUCUGGGAGUGCGUGGUCAUCGCCUGGGUUUAUGGGGCUGACCGUUUCAUGGAUGACAUUGCCUGCAUGAUUGGGUACCGGCCCUUUCCUUGGAUGAAGUGGUGCUGGAUGGUCGUGACUCCUCUCAUCUGCCUGGGUAUCUUUUUGUUCAACAUUGCCUACUACAAGCCAUUGAUCUACAACAACUCCUACGUUUACCCCUGGUGGGGAGAAGCCAUUGGCUGGGGCUUUGCACUAUCUUCCAUGUUGUGUGUCCCUCUUUUUGCUCUCUACAAAUUCAUCCGUGCCAAGGGAACGCUGGCUGAGCGCUGGCGCCAUCUCACCCAGCCAGUCUGGGGUUUGCAUCAUCUAGAAUACAAGGUGCCCGAAACAGAUGCUUUGACCACCCUCUCCCCUGUCCUGGACGGGGGUGCCAAAGUUGUCAUCUUGGAGAGUGUCAUGUGACCAACGCUCCCCCACUGCAAGAGAGGCCCUGUCUCCGUGCCACUCUGCCCUGGGCUGCCAAUGGAGGAGGCGGGGAAAGGAUUCCAUCUGUGAAGUUGAGGGGGGAGUGCUCCCUACCUGUGAGGAAGAGGUAUUAGGGAUUCUUCAUCCAUCUCCACCUUUUCCUCUCAAGCACCAGAAUGGCUGAGAGGUGAUUUAACGAGUUCCCUCCGAUCUUUGAUCAGAAGGUUGGAGUACUAAAGGCCAUAGGGGUGGGGGGGGAGGGAAGUGGGGCGGGGAAGAGAGCCUUAGAUUUACAUUUUUUUAAAACAAAGAAGUUAUUUUUUAAAAGAUGAAAUAUUUUAAAUUUCUAUAUACAUUAUAAAUAUAUAUAUAUAUAUAUACACACACACACACAACCAGAUAUAUAUAUAUAUAUCUUUAGCCAAAUGCAUGGAACACAGAUUCCUUCCCAUUCAGUGGAUGACCGCUUUGGGAUCCAGAGCACUGCACUUUUAUUCCUUGCUUAGGUGGGGGGAGGAGGGUUGAUCAGGUUAGAGAGAGCUGUAUAUCUGGACCCCGUCUCUGGUUUUGUCAAGGAAGCAGAGUCUGGCACUUAGCAGAAGCAGGAAAGCUUCAAAAGGGAGCUGCUGAGAACCCAGGUCCCUGGGUGCCUACUACCACAGUCAGCAGGGAGACAUAAAGAGCAACUGCAAUUAGCAUUGGGGACUUUAUUCUCAGUUUUGUCCCUCUUACACUAAAGCAGCGUCUCUCGUUUUUCCUGCCCUCUCCCCAGAUCUAGGAGGGUGACGCUCCCCUCAUGCCAAAAUGGCAGCCCUCUUGGCCUGUCUCUAUCAAUAAUGGGCACUAAAAGCCUUUCUCUCCCCAACCCUCGCCAAACUAGGGGUCAAACCAACCAAAUAACUUGAAUCACGGGAACCCUUUGUAUUAAGACUACACGAUGAGUUUCACAGUAUUAACAAGUUUCAUAGUAUUACAAAUUUGCCCAAAAUGAGAAUACAGGAGAGGGGAUCUCCAAGAGCAGGCCCUGCUCCUGGAGAAAACAUAGCCCUUUCCUGGCAUGUCUUGCAUUUUACAGAUUCUCUCCCCCACCUCCCCACCGAGAUGGACAACACUAUUUGGUUCCGAUGUUUCAAGUGCCUCCUGUGUUGUCAUUGAACUGCCUCAUCAACCCACGGCUUCCAAAAGCAUUAAAACCUACUUUGCGAAAUGGUGCAGCAGUGUUUUCUGCCUGGCACCUGCAAUUUGCAGGAAUUACCUUCUGGGUUGGGGGCAUUGGGGAGAGAAGGCACAUGAUAAUUCUCCAUAAACACAUUAGGGAAAGAGUCCAGGGGUUCUGUAGGAUUUGUAGCCAGAAUUAGAAUCCAAACCUCCCACCCUCCACCCCCCGGGCUGCCUGAAUAAAUCUUGCCAAAGUCUGCUUCCAUGUCAAGAGCAGAACAGCCGUGGAUAUGCAGGUGUUAUUAGACUACAGUUCCCAUCAUCCUUGGCCAUAUAUUGUGAAACCGAUGGAAUUUGAAGUCUAAGAACAUUUGAAAGGCCACAGAUCCCCCACCUUUAUUUGGCAUCAAAUCAUUGGUGCCCCUCUAUGCCAGUGUUUUUCAAAUUUGGCCAUUUUAGGAGGUGACUGUGACCCAUGCUGCCUGUGGAAUUCUGGGAGUUGAAGUCGAUACCUCUUAAGGUUGCCAAGUUUGAAAACAUUGCUUUAUGCCAUCCUUUGCCAACUGGUGCCCUUUGACAGAUGUGAUGGACAUCACCCAGGUUUCUUAGCCAGGACAAUCAACAAUUGUGCUGGCUGGGAAUAGCCUCUUUGUUGAAAGCACCAAAUUCAGGAAGGCUGCUAUAAUGCUUUAUGCAACUCCCAAUAAAUCUUCACUAGUUUUUUUAUUUGCACAUUUUCUAAGAAAGAAAAAGUGUGUUGUGUAAAUAUACAUUUAUUCGCAUAUCUAAAUAUCCAAGAGAAACCGAAUCUUAACUGUCGUAGAGAGCUUCAUACUUGUCUAUUUUUAAAAAGAAGCACUUAUACAAGAAAUAGAAAUAUUUAAUUUUCUUAUAUUUCUGCAGAUUGUACAAAAAAGGGUGAAUAGGAAAGAAAUUACAGAAGUUUAUUUUGUGACAAAAGUUAUAAAUAUUUUGUCUAUAUUUGUUUAAAAUAACAAUCCAACCUCAUGAAAUAGGGAAUUGGAUGUUUUUGAAAUUUUAGGAUUAGUAUGUAGGAUGAUCAUGUAACAAAUAAGCAGCGAUUUGGGAAAAAUGAACAAGAUCUGGCAGGGAGGAUUGAACUGAUCUGCAUUAACUAAGAAGUGUGGGAUUCAUUUCAUCGGCUGCAUGUAGUUUGUAUUGUCUGUACCUAAUACUGUUUUCUGGUAAGAUCAGUUUUAAGGCUUCUGAUGUGUUUAACUGCUGCUUCACAGAACAACUGUCAAAUCACCAAGCCAGGCAUGAUAACUGCCUGAAAAACUUAAUAGAGCCUCCAUAGUCAAUUAUUGUGUACCUUUGAAUAUCAGCUGCUGUGGAAACCUAUGGGGAGAGAUUCUCACGCUUGAUUUGUGAGUCCCUUGAAAGCUUCAGAGCUAGUUGCCAUUACAAACAAAAUGCUUGGGUUGCAUGAAUACCAGAUCAAAUUCAGCAGAACUCCUUAAAUUAAUUAUGUUUAUUUGCAAGUCAGAAACACUAUGCAAGAUGCCGAUACAGCAUCACAUCUAAUAAACAAACCUAUUUUUCAUAAUGCUUGGUUCAGAGUUUAGUGCAUCCACGUGCAGUUGUUAAAUAUGACAAUCUGCAAGCGAGCUGCAUGUGUUUCUUUCACAUUGUUUUCUUUUUUAAAAAAAAUGCAUUGUAGAGGUUUUUAUGCUUCUUUGAUCAUUUUUGGGUCUAUGCAGCUAAUGCAUUUAACAUGUCUGUUCCAACUGAAUUCUUCCUCAAUUUAUCCCUUCAGGAAAAUGGGCAUUUUCAAUGCAGUUCUUGCCCACAUUUCUUCCAGCUGCCUCCAACAGAUCACUGACUCUUGAUUUUUUCAAUUUAAAUAUAGCGUGCUAUUACCAAGAUCUCCAUAUAGGUGUCGUUUUGAGAACCGCAUUACCUUGUAAGCAAAAAUAAAUUUGUGACUCAGUAUUAAGACUGAAAGGCCAUCUUUCAGAAUGUUUUUCUUCCAUUUCCUAUUAAUGCAGAACACAGUAACUAAAAUCCCCUUUAGAAAGUGUGUUGUUUUCAGCCACAGCUUCACAUCCCUCCCUGAAGUUAACCUUUGCAGGACUAUUCCUCCUGCUUGUUGCCACUCACUCAGUAACAAAGACCAUCUUUCAUCCUUUUGCACACAAGAGCUACUGUCUUCUUUGCCAUCUUUUUUUGAGAAUUUGCCUUCACCCUUAAACACACCAAAAACAUUUUUAAAAUAUUGAUGACCACAACCAGGCACAUUAUGCUAAAAAAAAUAUUAAUGAAUGAAGGGGCUCUGCAGGAAAGAAAUGAUAGGAAAACCCACAAAAUGUCCACAAGGUGAGGAGGCCAUGUUGUCUUGACAGAAAUAAUAAUAAUCAGUGUCCAAGCCCAGCUGUUCACACCUUAACUGCUUCCUUGGAUAAUUCUGCUCCAUAAACUCUAUUCCCAUUGUAGAUGUGUCAGCUCGAUGGCCGAGAUUGCCAAGUGCCACCGUUCACAAAUCUUUGCCCUUUCUAAUGCCUUUACUGCCUACACGGUGACUAGGAGUUUCUAGGAAAGGAGGAUAGGAAACAGGAGGAGAAAGCAAUGGAUGCUGCUUGAUGAUUUUGACCUGUGCCUGCCCAGAAAGCUUUGCCUUCAUUGCAGGCUUCCCCUACCAUCACCCCCACAUUUUCCUUCUUCAUUUAUCAUCUCUCCAUCCAGCUGAGUUAGCAGUGAGGUCCUAGAUUGUAGGGCUCAGAUUUUUCACUAGGUUGUUCACAUCUCUGACCAGCCCUUUCCUCCUCCCUCGUUUCUUCCCCACAUUUGCCUCCCCAAGUAGCACUGCCAAGCCUUCUCACCCUCUGAGGCAGUCAGUCCCCACGUCUCAUCCCAAACACAUAAGCCACAAACCAGAAUGGUGUCCUAGGUUACGAUACUGAUAAGAGAGCUGAAAGCCAGCAAGAUUUCAAUUGGUUUAUCCAAGGCCAUUGGCUACUGAUAAGAGUUUGCCAAAAUAAGGCCAAGAAGGUUUUGUCCCAGAGCAAAAUAAACCCCCAAUGAGAUGAUACCCUUAGUUGCCUUCUUCAAAUAACAAUUGACAAAGAAUUUGCAGGUCUCGGUCAGUGAUGUCAAUAGUCUUUUGUUUGUUGCCUUUGCUGGGGAAAUUCCUGCCUGCUGUUCUGACACAGAUCCAUCUUGGUACACAUUUUUGCACCCUUUUUAUCUUCCUUGUAUUAAUUUGCCAGCCAGGGCUGGAAAAUGUAACCAAGAAUCCAUUACUGUCGAAUCUUAAAUUUGGAUAGAAGAAAUGAAACAGCAUAGAACAUUCCGAUGAAAGACACUCAAGAAAUAUUAGUUCCAGGAGUAAAAUAAAAUGUAACCUGGAGAUUUCUGACCACUUCCACCAGCAUCCGUGUGCAAAAGUGUGAAACCUGCCCCAUAGUCUAGUCCAAAGCAAAGAAUUUCCAGACCUUCAGCUGCUGCCAUUCAAACACUCCCAGCCCGUGCAAAUGCUACACUCUGUUUUCCAUUUUGCAAAUGGAGGGAGAAAUGGCAAUCAUCAGCCUCUGCUCAAGGCCUACUAUGCUCUGGGAGAUUACAUUCAUCACACACACACACAUCAGGGCACACACAUGCAUGCACACAUACAUACACACCUUGUGUCCCGGUCUUCCAACAUUGCAGCUUUAAUCCCAAUUGCCAGUAUUAGCUCAGUGCCAGGUAUAUUGCAAAACGUCUUCAAAUCCCAUUCCUCUGUAAUCAACUGCGGGUUAUAUAUUGUCUGUAAUUACUUUCGUGUACAGUAUGUAAGUGUGUGUGUGUGUGUGGGUACGCUCGCUCUAUCAUGGAACAUAGCAAUAAAAGGAGCCACCUUGACCUUCCA